AUGUCGACCUCUACUACCUCUUCCGCCCGAUCCACAACUCCUAGUUGUUCUUCGAACCCUACCCAGCCAAUCCAGAUUGGUUUCUCUUCCAUGUCGUCUACCAUGACCAGGCCCCGCAACACCAGCGAUGCUUCGCUCCUCUCCGGCAGCCCUUCUCCCAACGGACCUGCCGCAUACCCCUCCUGGAAGCUUGCCCGCCCUCAACUCCCCCAAGGCCCUCCCAGCUCCUACAUCAGUGACGAGGACCUCUUCGGCGACGACGACGUUCACUACCUCGACGAGGCACCUGAGCCACCCAGGACCGCUGAGCAAUGGAUGACUUCCAAGCGUGGCAUGCCUAUGGCUGCAAACGCCAGCCUUGUCACCCUCGACAGCAGCUGUGGUAGCUACGACAGCUUCGGCUUCAGUAACGGCUAUGUGCCUAGCAAGCCCAUCAUGAUGAUGAAGAAAUAA